GGCAGCACAAGACAGAGGAGUUCCGGAAGGUGAACGUCCUGAUGAAGGUGCCUGCACUCAAGGAUGGCUCUUUCACCUUAGCAGAGAGCAUUGCAAUCCUCCUGUACCUGGUCCAGAAAUUCAAGACUCCUGAUCACUGGUACCCAGCUGACCUGCAGAAAAGGGCCAGGGUUGAUGAGUACCUGUCCUGGCAGCACACCAACAUCCGUGCCAAGGGGAGCAAGCUGUUCUUAAGCAAGGUGCUGCUGCCUCUCAUCACAGGCCAGCCACUUCCUCCAGAGAAACUGGAGCUUGCCACUGAGGAGCUGAACGUUGCCCUGAAGGAGUUUGAGGAGAAGUUCUUGCAGGACAAGCCCUUCAUCGCAGGCAGCGAGGUCUCCCUGGCAGACCUGGUGGCACUGGUGGAGCUCAUGCAGCCCGUGUGUGCUGGCUAUGCCCUGUUUGAGGAGAGGCCGGCGUUAGCGGCGUGGCGCAGCCGGGUGGAAGAGGCUGUGGGGAAGGAGCUCUUCCUGGAAGCCCACCAGGACAUCAUGAACGUUAAGAACUUGACUGCUGACCAGUUUGCACCUGAGUUGCUGGAGAGUUUCAAGCAGCAUCUCCUAAAGCAGAAUUAAAGGGUUGUGCUCUAAUAAAAUGGAUUAUUUUUCUGAA